GUGCCAACACAAGCUUCUAUUAAUUGGUAGGCACCUCAUUUGUGUUAAAAGUUAAACAUAAGAAGGCGUAUUUAUACUUUGUAAUGUUAAUUUACGUGCUAAUUUCAGUUAUUAUGUGACUUUUCCCAUUUAAGUUACGAUUCCACAAGUGCACCAGUGUAGCCACACCAAACUACGUUAGGAAAUCGCUUCCAUUUGUAAGGCCUUGCCUGGCUGAAUUAAUUGAACAUGUUUCAAAAUAACAUGACACAAUUGUCAUACAUUAUAAAGCCAUGAUUUCAUUCUGCUUAAGUUUUAUUUCACAAUUCCGUCUGUAUUCGUCGAAAUGACUACUUUUGCAAGCGGCAGGCUGGGUGUUUCCCAGUGAGGAAUGCGCCCCUUAAGGCGGUGAAGUGUAUGUUAGUUAAUGUUACUUUUUAUUGCCAAACUAUUUAUUUUGGGAUGUUUUAACAAUGCCGAAUUACGUGUAGGUAGAAAUUACAUUAUAUCACGUUGAGUAUAUUUACAUGAGUCAUGUAUUGUUACCAAAAAAAACAAGGUAAUCUUAAAUCAACAGAUUUUUGAAGGGAGCACGUCAUUGCUCGGCGGGAGGGGGUGCUGAAGACUGUAGUCUACUCGUCCGUCCCCCAGGAGGCUCUGCUUCCCCGGCCCCCUUUGUUCCGUCUCGCCUGCGUGGGUCGAGUCUACCCCACCAUAGCCACGCACUGUGCGGAAAAAAAAAACCCGACGGCAGGCCGGAGAAAAGACACCUCCGAUGAGGUAAUGCAAAGACGGGAGGAACCCAUCGGGAAGAUAGGAGGACAAAAGAAAAGUUGGAUCUGGUGCGUUUGAUGUCGUGGGGAAAAAGUCGGAUUUUUGGUGGACACUUAACUAAAACGCCAGCCACGGACGAUUAACGGGGCUUUUGGUCCAUGCGCGGUCUUGAACGCAACUGGGAAGCUACGUGCUAAAGCGGCACCGGUCCGUCACUUUGCCGGAUCCACGCGGACUCUCCCUUUUUCUCAGCCCCCAGCAUCCAUAUUCGCAUCCCAGGGAGUGGCAGGCUGAUAAUCCUCCCUUUCCUUGGACGGAAUAACCGCACACCGGUUCGGACGCUUCAAUCAAAACAUGAAGACGGGAAGCUGUCCCCUCCUCCUCCUCCUCUUCCUCCUGGCCUAGGGCCUGACCCACAAGCCUUCACCACGUCUCAGGCCACGGGCCGCCUCCCCCUGAGACUUUUCACCAUGAACAUGCUCAAGUCCACUGGGCUGAAAAUCCCCGGUCGUGGGCCCAAGCAUUCCAGCCCGAUGGGAAGGACGUCAGCGGGCGGAACAUCCAGCUCCCCUGUUCCCCCUAAAGACAAUGCUUCACUCAAGCCUAGUACGCCGCCCAAAGCCUCCGAGGAGGGCGACGACGUCCUGGGGGACUACACGGUGGGCGAGCAGGUCUGGGUGAACGGCAUCAAACCCGGAGUCAUCGCCUACCUCGGGGAAACCCAGUUCGCCCCGGGCCAGUGGGCCGGAGUCAUCCUCAACGACCUCGUUGGCAAAAACGACGGCUCAGUCGGGGGCGUGCGCUACUUUGAAUGCCAGGCCCUCCAAGGCAUCUUCACGCGGCCCUCCAAGCUCACCCGACAGCUGGCGGCGGAAGGAAGCGACAGCCACUCCACAGAGUCGCUCUCUGCGCACAAUCUGCAAGGAGGUGGCGCCUCCUCUGGCCAGCGGGUGGUGGUGCCGCUCAGAGAGGGGCUGCUCAACAGUGCGGUGAAGACUGGAAACGAAUCUGGCUCCAAUAUGUCUGACAGUGGUUCCGUGAAGAAAGGUGGCGAUAAGGACCUGCGGGUGGGAGACCGAGUUUUGGUAGGCGGCUCCAAGAUGGGCGUCAUUCGCUACAUGGGGGAGACGGACUUCGCCAAGGGGGAAUGGUGUGGCGUGGAGCUGGACGAGCCCUUGGGCAAGAACGAUGGUGCUGUGGCUGGUACCAGAUAUUUCCAGUGUCUGCAUAAGUUCGGCCUGUUCGCUCCAAUCCACAAAGUGAUCCGCAUCGGCUUCCCCUCCACCAGUCCGGCCAAGGCCAAGAAGAGCAAGAGGGUGGCCAUGGGGGUGUCUUCUCUGGCCCACAGCCCCAGCAGCUCGUCCAUCAGCUCCGUCAGCUCGGUGGCCUCGUCGGUGGGCGGGCGGCCGAGCAGAACCGGACUGUUGACGGAGACGUCGUCGCGCUACGCCAGGAAGAUCUCGGGCACCACCGCCUUGCAGGAGGCGCUGAAGGAGAAGCAGCAGCACAUCGAGCAGCUGCUGGCCGAGCGCGACUUGGAGCGAGCCGACAUGGCCAAGGCCACCAGUCACAUCUGCGAGGUGGAGAAGGAGAUGAGCGUCCUCAAGUCGCAGCACAUGCAGUAUGUCACGGAGAACGAGGGCGCCCUCCAGCAAGUCAAAGCCGUGUUGGCCAGCACGCAGAAAGCUAAAAUGGAACUAGCCAAUCAGCUGGAAGAAGAGAAAAGGAAAGUGGAGGAUCUUCAGUUUAGAGUGGAGGAGGAAUCCAUCACCAAAGGAGACCUGGAGGGAAGAUGCGGGUUGGAUGCGGCAUCCUUAAGGUUGGGUAAGAGAAACAAGCAAACCACGGUGGAGGAGCAGAGUCGCAUCGUGCAGCUGGAGCAGGAGCUGAGCCGCACCAGAGCCGAGGUCAAGAGCCUGCGGGUCCAGCCGCGACCCCAGCAAGAAGCGGGCGUUACUCUCCUCCCGCUGGACGGAGAGAACGGCGAGCUUAAGGAUGGGGAGGCGGCGCUAGCGGCCAGCCAGCAGGAGAUGGAGAAGCUGAAGGCGGUGGUGGACAAACGGAACCGGGAGAUUGGCGAGCUCAGGCUAAAGGUCCAACAGGCCACCAAGGAAAACAUGGACAUGAUGGACACCUGGAAGGCUAAGUUUGACUCGUUAGUGAGCGACCAUCAGCAAUCUCUGGAGGAGCUGAAAGCCUCCUUCGCUAGUGACCACGCAACGCCACCCGGCCAAGAACCGGGCGUCCUAGAACUGAGGGCCAGUCUUGAGGGCCUGAAGUUGGAGCACCAGCUGGAGGUGGAGAACCUCAAGGCCAAGUACAAGAUAGAAGGCGCCAUCCUGACUAAAGAACGCGAGGACCUCUGCGCUCGGCUUCAAGAGGCUAAAUGUCAGCUGGCUGAGAGCAUCCCCAGCUCCAGGACGGACGUGGACCCCAAGGAGGGCGGCAAGGAAGCCGUAGAAAAGCUACAGAGGGCGCAGAAGAGGCUGACAGAGAUGGAGACUCUUCAGAGGGAGCAGGACAGAAGCACACAGGAGCUGAGAGAGAGACUGGAGCUGUCCGAAAAGAAGAUGUCGGACUACCAGGCCUUGAGGAACGCCCAGAGCGAGAGCCAGGAGGAGAUCCGGAAACUGGAGGAGAACCUGAGGGUGACGGCCAACCAGCUGCAGGCCGUCCAAGCUGACCGCUACUCAUCCCACGAUGCAAAUAUGAUCCAACCUAACGACCUUUCCGAUGAGAAGAUGAAGCUGAGGCAGAAUAUGGAAGAAACCAUGGAGAAGUUGCUGAAACGGGAAAAAGAAGUUUCCACUCUCACCUCACAGCUGGAAGCCUUCAAGUCACAAAUGGGAGUUCUGGAGAGCAGAGUCCGUACGGGGGAAAAGAGAGCCGAAGCCCUGGUCAAAGAGAAGGUACGCGUGGAGGCAGAGCUGGAGUCAAUGACCAGGAAGUCCCAUGAUGCUUCAGGGCAGCUGCUUAGCAUCAGCCAGGAUCUACUGAAGAAAGAGAGGAGCCUGAACGAGUUGAGGGUUUUGCUUCUGGAGUCGCGUCGUCACUCGCGGGAAAUGGACAAAGACCUGAACCGGGAGGUGCGCAAGGCCGAGUGGAGGGUGAAGGAGCAAAAACUGCAGGAUGACAUCAAGACGCUGCGGGAUAAACUGCUGCUGCUGGGCCGCGAGAGGUUCUCCCCCGACCAUCGCCGACACUCCAUGCUGGACCCCUCGGCCCUGGACUCGGAGGUCAGUCGUCUCCGGCAGCAGUUGCUGAGCACCGAGGAGGCCCUGAGAACCGCUCUGGAGCACAACCAGCAAGUGGACCAGCUGGUGCAAGCCAUGGGCAAGCAUCCAGACAAAAGCCCGAUUCAUGGAGGCAUGUCAGCCAAUGGAAUCCAUCAUCAGGAGCCCAACAACACUCAAGAUGAGCAGCAGCGCUGAUACAAGCUAAGGCGGACGGCCAUCCAACUGCGACAUGCUAGGAGGACGUUCAUACCAAAACUGCAAGCACCUAUUAUCAAGUCACAAGGACAAAUUAAAGUACUGUAAUAUAAAUGAGGACACGUGGACUCGGAAAGAUAUUCUCAUCAUCAUCAUUGACCUGAGACGUUUCACAGUAGCAGGAAUGUCUUCUGAGUUGCAAGAGAGACAAUUUCAACAACGAUGACGAGAACAACCACAGACUGAGGCACUUUUUUGUUGUCUUAUUUAUUAUUUUGACUUUCUUUUUGUUGCUCCUCAGCUUUGAAGUAAUCAACCCGAGUCAAGACUCUCCUAAGACUCUUGGAACUGCGCUUGACGAACGAUCGAUGUCCCCAACGGUGUGUCGUGCACAACAUUGGUAAGUCGUGAAGGACAACGAGUAUUAUUGGAGACAUUAAAGUAAUACGUCAAACUAAAUGUGUUCUUUAAAAUGGUAACAUUCUACAUACUGGAGAAAUGAGCCUACAUAAAAAGAUUGUUGUUGUUAGGUUUGCAGUACGGAAUAAACCACCAUGCCUCCUGAAAUAAAUCCUACAAUUAUGUUUUAUUUUUUUUGCCUUUGAAAAUAAGUGGACUUCCUGCUUGGACUAUUUCAUUGCUGUUAAUCGAAGGAAUAAAUAUUCUGAAAUGUUACCAUAAAACUUUAGUACUAGCUUGCACCCAGAACACUGUGGACUAUGAUGCUGUUCCCUUGACUGCUCAAUGGGACGGUUGCUAACUGAAGGGCUACCACACACAAACUGGUGUCCUUUUCUGCCCCUUACUAUACAAUAUAUUUUAAUGUACACCGUAGGGCUAAUUAUUGGACUCAAAGGUAACAGUUUGUACCUUUUCCAAUACAUAGAAGGUAUGUUCCCAAGCUCUGAAGCAGAACCUUUGAGGGUACCACUCCAAUGCCAAGCUACUGUACCCUGCAAAAGCCAAGAGUCAAUUCUGUCCCUCAAACAAAAUAUUAAAUAGGGCUACUCCUGGACUGUAAUGUUCCAGGACCAAAAAGUACUAGGUAUGUUCCCAAGCUGUAAAACUUAAGUGCCAAGGGAACAAAACCAGUAUGAUUUAGGGUACCGCCCCAGUAAAAAAAAUCCUGAAACCCAAAAGGUAGACUCUACUCUGAUAUGGCUAUUCUUUGGACUCAAAUGCGACUGCUAAUAUUGUUUCUGGGAUCAAAUUAAGUACUAAACAUAUUCCCAAGCUGUAAAAUGCAAGUGCGAAGGGAACCUUGAACCCUAAAAGGUACAAUCUACACAAAUGUACCCCAUAAAGGGCUGAUCCUUGGACUCCAAUAUACUGUUUCUGGCAUCACAAAAGUACUGAACCAGACAUGUUCCCAUGCUGUGAAACACUAGUGACAAGGAAACAAAACAAGUUUCUUUAGGGGUACCACCUGAGUAAAAAGACCCUGAACCACAAAAGGUUCUAUCUACACUAAUGUAUCCCAUAUAGGGAUGAUCCUUGGACUUAAAUGUAACUGUUAAUACUUGCUGCUGGGAUCAAAUAAAGUACCAGUUAUGUUCCCAAGUUGUAAAACGCAAGUGCCAAGGGAACAACAUUAGCAUGUAUGGGGUACCACCCCAGUAAGAAGGCCCCAAAAUAUACAAUCUACAUUCUACUCUAAUGUAUCCCACAUAGGGUUGAUACUUGGGACUCCAAAUUAACUGUUGAUACCAUUUCUGGGAUCAAAAAAGUACCAGGUAUGAUCCCAAGCCAUACAAAACAAGUGCCAAGCGAACAAAACCAGUAUGUUUUAUGGCACCAGCCAAGUAAAAGGUACAAUUUUCACUUGGACUCAAAUGUAGCUGUUGAUAGCGUUACUGGAACCAAAUAAAGUACCAGACAUAUGUUCAAGCUUUAAAACACAAGUGCCAGGGAGGGGAAAAAUCCAGUAUGAUUCAGGGUACCAUGGGGUACAUGAAAGAAGUAAGUACCAGGUAUGUUCCCAAGCCGUGAAAGACAAGUGCCAAGGGAACAAAACUAGUAUGUUUGAGGGCAACAUCCCAGUAAAAUGUAUAAUUCACUCUAAUGUAUCCUAUAUAUAGGGCUAAUCACUGGACUCUAAUGUAACCAUUGAUACUGUUGCUGUGAUCAUAAGAAGUACUGGACAUGUCCCAUGCUGUAAAAGACAAAGGUCACUGGUACAAAAGCAGUACCGUUAAGGGUACCAUUCCUGUCACAAGCUUGUUGGCUAGUGUUAGGCAACCACUACAACCGAUAACCAAAUGUACUGUAUAACAUAGGGCUAAUUCCAGGUGUAUGUACCAUUUCCAGGUCCCCAAAAGUACCAUUUAUGGUCCCGGGUUAUAGGUGUCAUGGGUACAAAAGUAGAACCUUUGAGGGUACCACUCCAGCGACAAGUUGAACUGCUUCUUCACCAGGGGACUUUCAUUUGCAAAAACAUUAUGGGCUGAGACGUCUUCCAAGUAAUUUUUAAAUGCAUUUCUCAUUUAUGUACUAUUGUAGUCUGAAUAUUUUGAAGACAUUAUAGGUGACACAGAUGUACAGGUGCUGGUCAGUAAUAUAAGGAGCUACAUUUUGGAUAUUAUUGUAAUGUAAGGACCUUACCACAGGUGGGUUCUUUCUCUGGGAUUAUUGCCGCUUUGUUUUCAGAGAUUGAGUCAUUAAAAAUG